CCUCUAUCCCACUCCUUUGUGCUCCUUUCACGCCCUGGAUAUUUGGUUUUCGUGUCAGUAUUCCUCGGUGUAACUGCCCCCUCUCUCUCUGUCUCCUGUUCCUUUACUCUCUUUUUCUCCUUUCUCUUCUUCGAUCUUAGCUUUUCAUAUCAGUAUUCCUCGGUGUUACUGUUCCCUCUCUCUCCUGCCUGUUCCUUUUCUCUCUUCUUCUCCUUUCUCUUCUUCGAUCUUAACUUUUCAUAUCAGUAUUCCUCGGUGUUGCUGCCCCCUCUCUCUCUGUCUCCUGUUCCUUCACUCUCUUUUUCUCCUUUCUCUUCUUCGAUCUUAACUUUUCAUAUCAGUAUUCCUCGGUGUAACUACCCCCUCUCUCUCCUUCCUGUUCCUUUACACUCUCUAAUGCUCCUCUGUACUCCUUUCUCUUCUUCGAUCUUAACUUUUCAUAUCAGUAUUCCUCGGUGUAACUGCCCCCUCUCUCUCUGUCUCCUGUUCCUUCACUCUCUUUUUCUCCUUUCUCUUCUUCGAUCUUAACUUUUCAUAUCAGUAUUCCUCGGUGUUGCUGUCCCUCUCUCUCUCCUUCCUGUUCCUUUACUCUCUCUUCUCCUCCUUUACGUGACUACUUUAUUGCACUCCUUUACUUCACUCCUUUACUCACUUUCCUUCUUCUAUACUUCUUUACUUUUUAGCUCUCUCGUUCUUUUACUCUGUUUUUUAAUCACACUUUUACUCAACUCCUUAAACCAUUUACUCCUUUACUUCUUUCACUCCUUUGCUCUGCCUGUUCUCCUUUCUCAUUUACUUUUUCCUCCUUUACUUUACUCUUUAAUAGCAUUUUUUGGUUAUACUUUUUUCUUUUCACUCCUCUUUAUUUCUCUCCUUCCUUUCAACAUCUUCCUUUUAACCCUCCUCCUCUCUCCUCCUCCUCCUCCUCCUCCUCCUCCUCCUCCUCCUCGUCUUCAUGUCUUUCGUUGGUGAAGGGAGGUGUGCCCCAGCCGCCGCCUCCCCAUAGUGUUGUAUAGCUGUGGUGCUUGUAACCUCCCCCCCCCAGGCCCCCCCCAGGUGUUAGCACGUGUGUUUGUCCCACCGGGGGAGCGCCUCUUCAUCCCCCCUUCCCCCCUCAUCCUUAUCCUCCUUCUCUUCCUCCUCCUCUUCCUCUUCUUCCUUCUUUUUCUAUUUCUUUCUUGAUUUUUACUUCUUCUCUCUAUAUAUAUACCCCAUCGUCCUCCUCCUCCUCCUCCUCCUCCUCCUCCUCCUCC